AUGCGCCCUUCCUCCUCGCUCGUACGGGGAACUGCUAUUGCCCUCGGCCUGGCUGGCAGCGUCUUUGCUGCUCCCGGGCUUAAGGCCUGUCUCCCCGACGACGGCAUCGAAGUUGUGGAGCUUCAGCCUGUUGAAGUCAUUUGCGAUGGCAAAACGCUGACCAGCACAAUCACUCGCCUCAGACGCUACACCCAGUAUCCAGGUUCCUCUAUAGCCCUGAGUAGCCUGGGUCGAUCUGGCUCGCCCGAUUCCUCCACGGCCCUGCACCCCCCUUUAUCAUCCGGAAACGAGCGUCCCUGCAAAGGCUGUGUGACUAUCACGACCACCGCCAAUACUCCUUUCUGUACUACAAUUCCUCCCGCUACCAAGGGAGGCCCUUCAACUGUCAUUACCGGCAUCACUCCUCCCUGUGAGGACUGCAUAACAAUCACCACUACCGUUCCCUCCCCUUUUUGUACUACUGUUUCCCCCAAUACUCAGGGCGGACCUUCAACUGUCAUUACUGGGGUACCUCCUGUAUGUGAGGGCUGCGUUACUGUCACCAAGCCAGGGCCAACUCCUUACAUCUCCUAUAUCCCUCCUGCCUCUGAUGGCGGCAAGACAACGCUAGCCAUAUGCCCUGGCCCAGUCACGGUAACUGUGACCGCCAAGCUACCUGAUUCUAGCUUUGUCAGCGCUUCGUCUGGCUGCACCCACUGCGCGGCCACACUGAUUGUGCCUCCGGUUCUCACGACAACCCUGACCCAAACUGGCAAUGUUCCCGGUACUACCACUAUGCCCCCAGCACCUGGCUGUACCAAAGGCUGUGGGGGAACUGUUGUUGUUACUGUUACUCCCAGAUCAUCUGAUCCUGCUGUAACACUGACUACAACCGGUACUGUUCCUGGCAUAACGACUAUCCGCCCAUCUUCUGGCUGCACCAAAGGAUGCGGAGGAACUGUUAUUGUCACUGUUACUCCUGGACCUGAACCAACCGGCCCGAUCGUAACAUUGACCACUACUGGUACUGUCCCCGGCACAGAGACCAUCCCUCCUGCGACAGAUUGCUCCCAAUCAUGCUUCACCACCAUUCGGGUCACCUCAGUCCCCGGUUUAUCAAGCACAGAUCGAUUCACAACGAUCACCACAACCGGUUCUGUGCCUGGUACUACUACAGUGCCCCCGGCUUCAAUCUGUGCCACCUGCCAGGGUACUGUUAUUAUUACUAUUCCUCCUGCUUCUUACACAACAGUUACCACUACCGGUCCUUCGCCUGGUACAACCACAAUCCCCCCUGCGUCAGGUUGUCUAACGUGCGGGGGUAAUGUAGUUGUUACAGUUCCUCCAGCUUCUUAUACUACAAUCACCACUACCGGUUCUGUACCUGGUACUACUACGGUGCCGCCUUCCUCAAGCUGCCCUACUUGUAUAGGUACCGUUGUAGUGACGGUUCCUCCAGCUUCUUUCACGACAGUCAUAACGACCGGCAGUGUCCCUGGAACCACUACAGUACCCCCUGCCUCCAAUUGCCCGACUUGCGAAGGUACUGUGAUUAUCACGUCGGUUCCUCCACAGUACACAACAAUUACGAGUUUCGGUUCAGUGACUUCGCUUACAACAACAACUCUGGCUAAUACUGGAACCAGAACUAGAACCGUGGUGGUUAUCGUGCCUACCCCUUCACAGCCAGUUGUGACGGUUACAUCCACAGGCACAGGUACUGUGACCUCAGCGACUACAAUCACUGGAACCGGGACCGAUACAGUUGUUGUAUAUGUACCUACCACUUCAAAGCCACUUAUAACUGUUACCUCCAUUGGUACAGGUUUUGUAACCUCAUCGACUACGAUUACUGGGACCGAGACUGAUACAGUGGUUGUCUACGUACCUACUACUUCCAGGCCAGUCACAACCGUUACCUCCACUGGUACCGGUACAACGCCUUAUGCAACAACUAUUACAGGCACUGAAACCGACACGGUGGUCACCUUUGUUCCUUCUACUCCAGACGCCAUUAGGCCAACUAUAACUAUUACAUCUAUUGGUACAGGUACCGUGCCUUAUGCAACAACCGUCACGGGCACUGGCACAAUUGGAAUCGACACCGUGAUCACCUUUGUUCCCUCUACUCCUGAGCCUGCUAGGCCCACCAUCACUGUCACAUCCAUUGGCACAGGUACAACGCCUUAUGCAACCACCAUCACUGGCACUGGCACCACUGGAACUGAUACUGUAGUUACAUAUGUUCCAUCGACUACCGAGCCUGUCGCUACUUGGCCCACGACCACUAUUACGUCUACUGGUACAGAUACAACGCCUUAUGCAACUACCAUGAAAGGUACUGGAACCACUGGAACAGACACAGUCAUCACCGUCGUUCCCUCUACACCUGGACCUACUAGGUCAACUAUAACUAUCACGUCUGUUGGCACAGGCACAACACCUUAUGCAACUACUAUUACAAACACUGAAGCUACUGGAACUGAUACUGUAAUUACAUAUGUCCCACUGCCUCCAUCCAGUACAGUUCCUGCCACGUCAAACACGUCAGGCGGUGUAGUUACCACUUUACCAUCCACGGCCGCGACUACGGGACUGACAACCAUCCCGCCCUUUACAACCAUCACGUCUACUGGGACUGCCACUGGGCUAACAACUAUAACUGGAACUGUACCCGGUGAGACUGGCACUGUCAUUAUAAUUGUUACACCUCCAGCUGCUUCCUCUACUGCCACUUUAUCGGAAGCCUCAAGCACUUUAUCAUCAACUACCUUGUCUCAGACAUCAAAUACCUUCUUGUCAACCACUUCAUCAGAAGCAUCAAGUGGCUUAUCAUUAACUACCUCAUCUGAGGUAUCAAGCACUUCAUCAUCUGAGGUAUCGAGUGAUUUAUCUUCGACUACUUCAUCAGAGGCCUCAAGUACUUCAUCAUCAAGCACUUCAUCAAGCACUUCAUCAAGCACUUCAUCAAGCACUUCAUCAAGUACUUCAUCAAGCACUUCAUCAACAUCUAGGUCAUCAAGUACUUCAUCAUCAAGCACUUCAUCAUCAAGUACUUCAUCUGCAUCUGCCUGUACCGUCACUCAAACCAACUCAGUCUCGGCGGUCAAUACAGAAUCGGCUGCAAGCACUGUUGUUGUACCAGCUUGCGCUACGGCGAUGCGUUUCAUUGUUGCAGGCGGUGAAGGUGGAGGUGCUUCUAGUGGUGGUGUCGCUUCCGACAACGGUGGCAGGGGUGCUCAACUAUCGGGAACAGUAUCUGUCACACCGGGGCAAAGGGUAGUGCUCUUGGCAGGUGGAAAGGGUGGAGUUGGCCGGGCUUCUGGGGUGAGUCCCGGUGGAAUUGGAUAUGGUACAGGCGGUACCGCCAGAGACUCCGCUGGUGCCGGUGGUGCAGGGUCGUCCUUGACACUGGAUGGUAAUUUAAUCGUUGUCGCUGGUGGUGGUGGCGGUGGAGGCAAGUUUACCAAUCUUGACGACACCGACAGUCAAACCAUUACCUUCAGUGGUGACAGUGGUAAUGGCGGGGGCUUCAAUGGUAACACUGCUUACAUCGCGUUGAGGGCAACUCCCAACCAACACACCGUCACCAAUCAGGGUGGUCGAGGAGCUAGCUCAAGUGCUCCGGGCGCCGGAGGCACUGUCAGUGGAAGUCCCGACUUGUCUACCAACGGUAAUGCCGGCGCGGGCAAAAACGGUGGCAAUGGUAGACCUGGUUUCGGGGACGUCCCUCUAGGUUCUGGAGGAGGUGGAGCUGGUUACUAUGGCGGUGGCAGUGGAGGUGUUGCCCAGAAAACAGUCGGUAACAGUAAAGCUGCUACAGGUGCUAAAGGCGGUGGUGGUUCUAACUAUGUCGCUAGCGGCAUAACAACUACAAGUAGUACAAAUAGCGCUGCUGGCUUUAUUACUAUUGUCUUCUUUAGCUAG